CAGCAGGCCACGAAACAAUCGAACAACGACGCUGCCGGCAACCUCGAUAUUCUACCGCAACGAUCUAGUGGGUGACGAAUCGCGAUUGCUACUUGUGUGCACGUACAGCGGAAUAACCUUUAAGUGCCGGAAAAAAGCUUGUAUCGUUGGAAAGAAUCGGCAAAAUGCUGCAGUUGGAAGAGAAGGGCAUAGACGCGGGUAUGAAGUGCGUCAAAUACAUGCUGUUCGUGGCGAAUUUCAUGUUUGUCCUCGUUGGAUUUCUACUGAUUUCUAUCGGCUCCACCAUCAAGGGCGUCUAUGGGGGCUUCGACGCCUUCCUGACUGAUCAACACUUCAGUGCCUCCAACCUGUCCAUCGCCAUCGGCUUCAUCAUCUUCAUUGUUGCCCUCUUUGGCUGCAUCGGAGCGCUCAAAGAGAGUGUGUGCUUUAUCAACAUGUAUGCACUGAUGCUGUUCCUCAUACUGGUUCUCGAAUUAUCAGUGAGCAUUGUGGCUUACUCCAUGAGAGGCGACUUGGAAGUUACUCUUAGGAAAACCAUGUUGGAGACCAUGGAAUAUUAUCCAACCCACACCUAUCACACAUGGAGAGUUGUUCAGUACAAUUUGGAGUGCUGUGGCGUAGAUGGACCUUCUGACUGGUACCCAUACGGCCAACUUUUCAGUCUGGACUACAAAGUUCAAGACAACAAGACCUAUUACGUUCCAAGCUCUUGCUGCACCAACUUGUAUUGCUCUGAUGGUUUUCUAUACAUAGAUGGCUGCUUGCCUGUUAUUCGCUUCGUCGUAUCAGAAUGUGCUGUACUACUUGGAGUUGGAGCGAUGUGCAUCUCCUUCAUACAGCUUCUCGGCGUAAUAUUCGCAUACCUGCUAGCCAAAUCUGUCAGGAAAUUAAAGACUCAGAGAGAAGUAGCCAAGACACAAAGGAAAACACAACUCUACGAAGAACUAGCAAAAUCAGCAGCUCAAAAUGAGAAAAUGGGGCCUGUGCUGUUCACUCCAACCAGCUCCGAAGCUUAACUUCUUUAUAGAAAAGUUUCAAUAGGUUUAUAAUUAUUAUUAUCCCUUUGUUAUAGCCUGCUAUAACAAAGAAACAGUUACUUUUUGAAAUUUCUUAAAUCUUUUAAGUAUUCCUAGAUAAGAUAAAGUAAGGUUAAAUUUAAGAUACAUUUCUUGUUGAAUUUUCCUUUCUGUUUUUACAAAAAUCAAAAGAAACACAUAUAGUCCAGGCCUCUAAAGAACGCCCCACUUUACAUGACUUACAUUUUUACAGAUACGACUUUCGCGUUAAAUAUUACAAAAUAUGGAGGUAUAUAAGAUAUAUACAAGGUCUGUCCUUCACCAUCCUACUAGCUAGCUGAGUUGUUUAAAUUUAACAACUUCUAUACUCUGAUCUGGCUAUUACUGAUUAAAACUAUUUAGCACAAAAGUAACUUAAUCACUGAUUUCGAAGUAAUAGGUAUUUUAUGUCAAAUCAGUUUUUUUCUUUGUGAAUUGUUUUUCAAGUACGUACUUAAUACUUACUAAUAAAGCAGAUGCAAUGAAUGUGAUAAAACAAUAUGUGAUUCGAGGCAGUGAUAGGGUAAAGUUUAUUCUAUUAAAAUAGUUUUGGCAUUACGCAACUUCUUUUACACAAAUAAACUUAUAUAAAUACGAUAGUUAGGUCUAGGUUGACUCAACAUAUGUAAAAUUUUAUUCUAACUUAGCUGGCAUGUGAGUCAUCACUGUUUUACAAUUAGUUGUUUCAAAUACUUUAUGGAAUAAAAAUUACAUUCGAGUUUUUCUUAUCUCAUCCACCUUUACACCAGAAUUUUACGGCAAAUUUCACGUCAUCAAGGCAAGCAUGGAUUUUAGCUGGAUACAUUGUCGCUUACUAAAUCAAUGAUAUUGCAUAUUGUCUGUGGAAUCGUUGGAAAUACGAAAAUAUGCCUGUACGAGGUUUGAUCAAAAAGUAUCGCGAAUUUCAUGUUUUUUCAACAAUUAUAUAUUUAUUCAUGAAUAUCUAUUUUUCACCUUCAAAG